AUGCCGAAACCAACAGUAGACUACUCCCUCUACCUCGUCACAGACUCCACCCCCGCCAUCCUCGGCGACCGCGACCUGUCUUCCGUCGUCGCGGCCGCCGUCCGGGGCGGCGUCACCAUCGUGCAGUACCGCGACAAGACGAGCGACACGGGCGAGCUCGUCGCCAACGCCAGGAAGCUGCACGCCGUCUGCCGCGCCGCGGGCGUGCCGCUGCUCAUUAACGACCGGGUCGAUGUUGCGCUUGCUGUUGGGUGUGAGGGCGUGCAUAUCGGGCAGGAUGAUAUGGAACUCACUGCCGCAAGAAAAAUCCUCGGCCCGGACGCCAUCAUCGGCGUCACGGCCAGCACCAUCGAGGAGGCCCUCAAAGCCUGUGAAGAUGGAGCAGACUACCUAGGCAUCGGCACCGUCUUUGCCACAUCAACCAAAGAAAACACAAAACACAUCAUCGGCACCGCAGGCCUCCGCACAAUCCUCACCAAACUCGCCGCGGCAGGCCACCUCCCCCGCGUAAAGACAGUCUGCAUCGGCGGCCUCAACCCCUCCAACAUCCAGCGCGUCCUCUACCAGUCCGCCACCCCAGACUCGCCCUCUCCCGCAGCAGUAGCCCUCGACGGGAUCGCCCUCGUCAGCGCCAUCGUCGCCGCCCCGGACCCAGAAUCCGCGUCCCGCAGCCUCCUCGAGCUCGUGAAAACAAGCCCGUCCUACCGAAGCAUCACCUCCCUUUCCUCCUCCUCCGGCUCCGGUGCCUCCGCCGCCUCCGCCGACGUCGCCCAGCUCCUCGCCCAAAUCCCCUCCGUAAUCACCCGCGUAGCAACAACCUCCCCCCUCUCCCACAACAUGACAAACCUAGUCGUCCAAAACUUUGCCGCAAACGUCGCCCUCGCCGUCGGCGCCUCCCCCAUCAUGGCAAACUACGGCGAAGAAGCGCCCGACCUCGCGCGCCUGGGCGGAAGCCUCGUCAUCAACAUGGGCACCGUCACGCCCGACGGUAUCGCCAACUACCUCAAGGCGCUAGCGGCCUAUAACGCAGCCCGAAGGCCCGUGGUGUUCGACCCCGUCGGCGCGGGCGCCACGUCGAUUCGACGGAACGCCGUCAAGACGAUUCUCGCGGGCGGGUAUCUGGAUCUCAUCAAGGGGAACGAGGGGGAGAUCGCGACUGUGUGGGGUGAGGGGGCCAUGGAGCAGCAAAAGGGGGUUGAUUCAUCAUCUACCCUUACCGCCGUACAAAAAGCCAGGCUUGUACGGGAUCUCGCACGGAGGGAGAGGAACGUGGUGCUCAUGACGGGGAAAACGGAUUACCUCUCGGACGGAAACCGCACACUGGCCGUGGACAACGGACACGAGCUGCUGGGCCAGAUCACGGGGACGGGGUGUGUUCUGGGCACGACUGUCUCGGCCAUGUUGGCGGCGUGGGCGGACGAGGAUAAGUUGCUUGCUGUGCUUGCGGGGCUGUUGCAUUUUGAGAUUGCGGCGGAGUGGGCCGCUGUGAGGAAGGAUGUGCAAGGGCCGGGGACGUUUGUGCCUGCGUUUAUUGAUGAGCUUGCGAGGGUGAGGAGGGUUACUGUUGAGGGGGACUUGACGUGGUUGCAAGGGGCCAAGGUUGAGGUUGUUGAUGUUGAGUGA